UUAUCAACAAACUGAAGAAAAAGAAUUGAUGAAGAAAAUGAAUAGGAUACAUAUAAACGCAAUAUUUCAUAAAUGUAUGAGAUUUGGAAUAAAUAAAGGUUUGUCGACAUCGACGUCAGCAACGAUCACAAGAGCCACAGCAGAACCGAACAUUCCAGAAAUGAAAACCUCAGUUCCUGGUCCAAAAUCUAAGGAACUAAUCAGACAACUUGGAACCUUACAAAAUUCAGACGCUGUACACUUCUUUGUCGACUAUGACAAAAGCUAUGGAAACUACAUUGUAGAUGUAGACGGAAAUACAAUGUUGGACCUGUUUACACAAAUAGCGUCGCUGCCACUCGGUUACAACCACCCGUCAAUGUUAGAAAGCAUACAGAAUCCAGAUAAUAUUUAUGCAUUCCUUAACAGACCAGCUUUAGGAUUUUACCCGCCAGGUGACUGGGUGACAAGGCUUCGUUCAUCGUUACUUCAAGUUGCACCACCCGGACUUUCGGAAGUAAUGACAAUGGCUUGUGGAUCAUGCGCAAUUGAAAACGGACUAAAAGCAAUGUUUAUUUCACAUCAGGCGAAAAUGCGAAAUGGUCGACCACCUUCUCAAGAAGAACUGCAGUCAUGCUUGAUUAACCAGUAUCCUGGUUGUCCUGAUCUUACAGUUUUAUCCUUUAAGAAUGCACUGCAUGGCAGAACAAUGGGUGCAGCAGCAGUUUCACACAACAAAUGGACACAUAAAUUAGAUUUCCCAGCUCCAGAAUGGCCAAUAGCUUCUUUCCCAGACCUGAAGUACCCAUUGGAAGAGAACGUUCGUGAAAAUCAAGCUGAAUCAAAAAGAUGUUUAGAAGAGGUUGAAGAUUUGAUUGACAUUUGGAACAAGAAAAACAGGCCAGUUGUAGGAAUUAUAACAGAACCUAUCCAGGCAGAAGGAGGAGACAUUUUCGCUCUUCCUGAAUUUUUCCAAGGGCUCCAAAAAAUAUGUUUCAAGAACGAUAUUUGUUUCCAAAUGGACGAAGUACAAACUGGAUGUGGAGUAACUGGCAAAAUGUGGGCACAUGAGCACUUCAAUCUGCCACAACCUCCCGACAUAGUAUCAUUUAGUAAGAAAAUGUUGACUGGCGGAUUCUACUAUAACUCAAAGUUUAGACCUAAUGAGGUAAAUUAAUGUAAACUACUAAGUAUGAUUUAAAAAAAGAAGAACGAUUUUUCUGACGAUAGGUAUUCUUUAAUGUAAAAAUCAUUAAACUCUUUUAGUCAAUUUAUAUUAAUAAAUUUAUGAAAAUCUGUCAAAAAUCCCUAGUUUUUACUCUUUAUAAGCUUCAAGAGUAAAGUUGAGAAUAGGAGUUUUGUCGGCCUAGAUUAUGUCGUGAAAAAUACAAUAAAAAAAUGAAAGAGUUCAGAAACAAGAAGAGGAACACUAUCUUGUACAAAGAAAUUAGACUCCUAAUUAUUUGAAAAGCAAGGUCAAAAUUUACUGCAGAAAACAAGCUAAGUUAACACCAUGUUGUUUUAAUAUUGCCUCAAGAAAAAACGAAGAAACAACGAGAAACAACAGGUUUCAUGUAGCCUUAUUAGAUAAAAACAAAUGUAAUCAACAGUAUUUGAGAGAGGCCAAUAAGGAUAGAAAAUGUAAAGACCAUCAAAAGAUGGUACCAUUUUCACUGAAUUAGUUUAUUACGCCUGUGCCAUUGUUGUUGAAUGAUGUUAGAACUAUAUACACAGAAUACUUAUAAAUAAACUCAUCAUAGAUACCACGAUUUAAAUUUUGUACACCAGACAUGCGUUUCGUCUACAAAAGACUCAUCAGUGACGGUCGAAUAAAAAAAGUUAAAAAGGUCAGUUAAAGUGCAAAGUAAAAAAGCAUUGGGGUCCCAAAAUUUCGAAAGGUUUUGCCAAACCAGGUAAGGUAAUCUAUUCCUGGGGUAUAAAACCCUUAGCAUUUCGUAUGCGAUAAAGUAUAAGCAUUAGAUACACCCAUAAAGGAGUUAUUUAAACAAGGAUAGCACGGUUUAUGCUAAAGGAUAUAAAUAAUUAAGGAGGGGGUCUUUCCACAAUUUGAUCUGUUUUUAAGGCAAAGCAUGAUAAAUGAAAGGGGGACGAAAGAUACCAGAGGGACAGUCAAACUCAUAGAUCGAAAUGAUAUUGAAUUACAUCUAAUGACAUCUUGGUGUAAAUAUUGAUGGAAGGUAUUGUCUGCAAAAACUGUAUAUAAUUAUUUUAAAUCAGUGUCCGUAGAGCAGUCUCAUACUUUACAUUUUAUGUUUUUCUUCUUCAUUCACUGAAGCUGAUAGCUGUAUUUGUUUAUUGUAAUGUUUAUUUUAGGUUUGAUACUUUCCAAUCUACACAGAGACAUAAAGGAGGUAAAACAUAAGCAACACUGAAAUAUAUCAAAUAUUUUGAUUUUCACCAUUCUAUUGAAAAUAAUUUAUGUUUAAUAGAUCUUUUUUUAAAUUUUUGUUAGCUUUUGAUCUUGCAGUUGUUUGUUUACUAAGUUUCGUAAAGUAUUUCUCAUAACAAAUAUACUAGGAUUCAUCUUAAAUCUAUACGAGGAAGUUCAGGACAAUACAGACAAAAAUAUAUGCGCAUAAUUUCUAGAAAUGCACCCCAUGGACCUAGAAAUGUAAUUGGAAGGAGUUAAAAAAAACAAUGAUAAACUUGACAAAGUUUGAUGUACUUCUUGGUUUUGCACAUUAACCAAAACAAAAAUGAAGAUAUAAUUGAAUGGUUGAAUAUGCAAUGUAGUCUUGCAUGGUUUUCACUGAUUCUAUGCAUCCUUUUGAUAUCUGAUUGUAGUCCUUCCGAAAUCUACACUGAUAUUAUUUUGGAACUGAAUUUAGAUAUGACGAUGUCUUUUCUACGAAUUUUCAUAAUCAGUAGUUAUAGAAUUGAUACAGUAAUUUUUAUUUUUCUUACUGACGGAAAAUGAUCCUUGACUGUUUCAUGCAAACUAUUUUUUGUUUUCGUCAUGUCAAUCAUAUUGGAUUGAUUUUCAGUAUGUAGUUUUCAAACAAUUACUUAAACUUCUGGGCAUGCUUUUCAUUAAGGUUGACAAAUUAACAUUAAUUCUACUAUUUUAACAUCGUUUCUACUAUUUUACACUCGGAAACGAGAAAAAAAUUUGGUUGGUCUCAACUUUUGUUAUAUCUUCCGAUACUAUAGGCGAUUCAAAAAAUAUUUCUGUGGCAGUUUCUACCGACCAUGUGUUACGUUUACGGUUUAGAUAUUUGAUUUAAUUACAGUCUUUGCAGGAGGAGAUUUCUAUAUCGGCACAUCUGUCCCCCAACAUAAUCAACUUUAAGAUAACAAGUCUUUGUAAUUCAUUUGCCACUUUUAAUGGAUUUCGGAAUCGUUGUCUACGGAUAACAAUGUUUUCAUUUCAUAGCACCUUGUUCUUUUUUCAUAAUUUUCAUUAUAUGGUCCUUGUUAUAUUAGUUGAACCAAUAUUUGACUCAUUGUUUUUCGUAGGGAUUUCGAAUUUUCAAUACAUGGAUUGGUGAUCCAUCAAAAAUAAUCCUCCUUGAAGCCGUUGUCAAAGUUAUAAAAGAGGAACAUCUUAUGACAAAUGUUAAUAAAACAGGCAAACACUUCUUUGAUGGACUGUAUGACUUGCAGGACAAGUAUCCAAAUAUUCUUAGUAAAGUUCGAGGACUCGGUUUAUAUGGAGCUGUGGAUUUUCCAGAUCAGAAAACACGUGACAUCGUAAUGUCUAAGCUUCGAGAGAAAGGAAUUCACACAGGUGGUUGUGGUAGUAAAACAAUACGAUUUAGACCAACUCUGACUUUGAAAAAACAUCAUGCAGAUAUUUUCCUCGACAGAUUUAAUUUAGUGUUAGGAGAAUUAUCAGUUGACACUAAGGACAGACAGUUCCAAGCUGUUUCUUAACAUUUUCUGUCAUUUUGGAAUUUUUGAAAAUAAGGCUCAUUAAGCUCAAUAGAAAGAAGGAAUCAGUUUUUGCUUUUAAAUGCAGAGGUGAUAGAGCAGAUGCAUGGCAAAAAGGACACAACUUCCUGAGGUAGAAGUGGAGCUAUGGUUUUGAUCCCAUACUUUUUGGACAAACAUUUUCAUACUUGAACUUGCUUUCGAAAAAAAAAUUCCUCAAUUCAGAAACAAACAAACAACUGCAUUUAUUACGUUUUAGGAAUAUUUUAUUCACAUACAAAUCUACUUAACCCUUAAUAAUGUACCUAUCUCCCACACAGAUGCGUGUUCGGCCACCUAUUUAUAGAUUGGCAAUACGCGAAUGAAUUAUUAUGAUUUUUAUUGUUGAAUCGAUUGUAUGUAUUACCAAAUAUCUUAAAUGGUGCUUUUGUACAACUAUCAAAUUUUAGCCUACGAUUGGAUGUUCACAAAGUUAAUUUUUGUUAUUCGUAAAUGUACAUUUCUAGACAAUCGUAAUUCACCACAGAAUUAGCUUUCGUAUUAAUUCAAAAGGAAUACAAACCAAAUUAAAAUUAUAUAUCGUGUAUUAAUUGUCCGUUAAUAAAUUUUGAAAUUAUAAAGAAACUAAGGUUUCAACUCCCUCAGGCAAAUUUGACCUUAGAUGAAUUUGGCUAUUUAUUUUAUGUGUUUUUGUCAUAUAGCUCUUCAACUGUUUCGGUACUUAUACAUCCCUCGGAUUUCAAAUGUUUGGCUUUGAGCGUUCCUGAUGAAGGUAAAUCCAGAAAAGCGCUUCGGACGCAUAAAAUUUUUUCACGUGUUGUUUUCCAUUUUUAUAGAUAUAAGUAUUUAGAAUUUAUUCAAGUUUUCCAUGAUCUUUCAGAAGAUGUAUGUUUUGAUAGUUCCAACUUCACAUUCUGUAGCCUCAGACUAGCGUUUUUGUUUCCAAGAUAAUAAGAUAUAUUUAAGGAAUGACUGUAAUAUUUUUUCUGUCUAUGAAGAAUUAACAUAAAAAUUGUGGUAGCGGGUUAUUUAAAAGUGUGCACCACAUUUUUGAUUUUAUUUCGAAUAAAUAGAGAAAAUAUUUCAGUCAUUCCUUAUAAUUCAAUUCUAAAUUCCAUUUUUAAGGAGUAAAUCAUGAAAAAACGUUGAUGACGUCACGGUAACAUGACAAAAUUAUGUCUAUGAGCUGAUAGACAAAAAACUUUCAGCCAAGAAAAAUUUCCAUCCAAAAUUAAAUUAUAUAUAUAUAUAGCAUGUCAUUGUGACUAUUUCAUAAAUAAUGGUUUAUUGUUAAAUCAAAAGAAGUCAUAUAGAUAAACAACUGAAAUUUCACAACGAAUUUGAUGAUCUUUAAAGUGUCCCAGCCUUCUACAUAUUUGUUUAUUCUGUAUAGGUUUUGAUUAUUGUUGAAGGUGACCCCUAUAGUUCAGUAAAUUAACGUCAUUUAGUAGAUAGGUGUCUAAUUCGCAAUACCACCACAUCUCGUUUAUUUAUUUUGUACAUUGGGUUUAUGUAAUACUUAAUCUUGAUAAGAGGAAGACACCAGUAUUAUCACCAUGAUGUUAUUAACCACUAUCAUAAUAACAUCAAGGUUAUUUCUUAUCCUAUACAGAUUACUAUGCAGGUAUGUGUAUGCAUAAGUUAUCAGUGUAAACAGCUUUUGUUUAAAAACAGGGGAAAUAUCGAUAGGUAAAAUCAUAAAUUAUUUAGAUAUGGACAUAAAGCAAGAUACUAGCAGAUAUGAUGUUAUGAUAUUGAUAUUGUACAAAUAAAAUAUGUAUU